AUGGCUCAUUCAUCAGGUUCUACAGGGAACUUAAAAAAUGGAAUUAUUGAUUUCACAGCUGGUUCUUUAGGUGGGGUAGCUGUAGUCUAUGUGGGACAACCACUUGACACAGUUAAAGUAAAGAUGCAGACAUUUCCACACCUUUAUAAAGGAAUGUAUGAUUGUCUAAAACAGACACUACGUAAUGAUGGAGUGUUCCGAGGACUGUACGCAGGCACUACUCCUGCUAUAAUGGCUAAUGUAGCAGAGAACUCAGUACUAUUUGCUGCUUAUGGUUAUUGCCAAAAGUUUGUUUGUCGGCUGAGUGGAGUUGAGAAAGUGGAGGAGUUGUCGGCCCUGGGUAAUGCAUCAGCUGGUUUCCUAGCAGCCUUCUUUUCUUCAUUCACACUAUGCCCCACUGAAUUAAUCAAGUGCCAGCUGCAAGCACUGCGGGAAGUCAAUGUGCAGUCUUCACAAACAGUUGUGAAGAUAUCGCCGUUACAGCUUACACAGCAGAUAUUCAAACAGUAUGGCAUUCAGGGUCUCUUCCGAGGCCUCGUGCCGACUAUUAUGAGAGAGAUGCCAGGCUACUUCUUCUUCUUUGGAGGAUAUGAAGGCACAAGAGAGUUACUAAAGAAACCAGGCCAGAGUAAAGAUGACAUAGGAUUCGUAAAAACAAUGAUAGCCGGAGCAGUGGGCGGACUCGUCCUGUGGACUGUAAUAUUCCCCUCAGAUGUUAUCAAGUCAAGAAUACAAAUAUCGAACAAAAGUCAAAAGUUUUUGACCGUCGGAUAUGAAAUUGUACAGAAAGAAGGUGCUCUGGCGCUAUACAACGGACUUAAACCUACCCUAGUACGAACAAUACCAGCGACAGCCGCUCUUUUCGUAGUCUACGAAUACUCAAAGAAGUGGAUGCACCAGUCUUUCGGAGACUAA